GUUAUGAUAGAAAGUCAGGUUGGCAUCUCCUGGGUAAACAUUUUUUAGCCCAGACGCAAACCUGUGCCAUUUAGGACGACCACCACUGUCACGAAAACAGCAUGGACAGAUUGAAAUUCAAUAAUUUGGUCAUAACCAACAAGAAAGUGAUACAGAAAGCUCGAGCACAGACCAUCGCUAAGCUCGUUCAGAAGCUGCGAAAGACGAAAGAUGUUUUGGCAAAAAACCCGGAUAGUGAGAAGGAAAAGAUUCGACUGCGGAAAAACAGCGAAUGCCUGUCCCAGUUAAAGACCCUAAAAUGCCUGGACAUAGUGCGUCAGUCGCUCCUCCAGGAAGGCACAAAUCCCAAUGUGGUGAUUGCCAACGAACGCUCCACUCCGGAUGAACUGGGAAUCGCCAUGUUGCGCCUAAACAAGCUGAUGCACGGUUUGGUGGACACAUUUGUGGAGACCCUCAAGCUGGGCACAGAGAAGGAGGCCAAAUGGCGCGAGGAGAUCCUGGAGACGAGCAAGCGUCGAGUCAAAAUAGAGCGCACUGAGGAGCGGAAAAGAAAACGCAAGGAGCUGAAGGAGCAGAAGGCUUUAACUAAAAACAGAUUAGAGUGGUUGGAGCAAAAUAAAGUGGGGGGUUCAGAAGUUGAGGGAGCAGCAGCGGAGGAUACAUCUAAUCUUGAAGUCAGCCAGGAGGAUCAGCAAGAUAUCUCCAAUUCAGAUUCUCUUGAAGUCAGUCAGGCGGAUAAGCAUGAGAUCUUGAGCCCUCAAACCAAACCAGAGAAACCUCAAGCUCUCGCCAAAGAGAAAAAAGAACCCCUUACCAAAAAGGAAAAGAACCUAAAGAAAGAAAAACCUAUAGUCACAAAAGAUGAGCAAUUAAAACCAGAGAAAACCAAAAAGGAAACGGUCAAGACAGUCCAGGAAAACCAGGCAAACUCUCAACACAAACAGCAACAGCAGGAAAUCAAGACAAAAGAACCUAAGCCUAAGCCUUUGGAAAGAAAACCAGCCAAAGAACAGAAGCCUAGACCUAAGCCAGAACAACAGCUUAGUAUUGAAGAAGAGGAACCCAAGCCAGACCAUAAUCGUCCUACACAUGUUGUUGAUCCCUUUUUCAUUACUGAAUCGGGUCAACCGUACAUGUCCACGGCCGUGGUUCUUUCCGGGGAUAACGACAGUGAAGCUGAAGAGGAGCAGAGGCCACCGCCAGUCAAAAGGUUCCGCAACGAAGAGCGAAGAACAAAUACAGGUUGGGAAAGACCCGAAAGGCAGCAGGAGUUUAAAGCAAAGAAGCCAACUGACGAUCGUCAUCCUUCGUGGCUGGCGAAGCAGCUGCAGAAACCAAUUAUCAGUGAUUUUAAAGGCAAGAAGAUCACAUUUGGGGAAGAUGGUCAGGCGGACAGAAUUAUUACGCCUAGUAACAAUCCCCCGGCCUCGACUGCUGCUCCUUCAUCCACCGAGGGCAUGCAUCCUUCCUGGGUGGCUAAGCAGAAAUUUAAACCCAAAAUUGCUGCCUUCCAGGGCACAAAGAUUAAGUUUGACGAAGAUUAAAAAUGUUAAUGGUA